GUCUCUAUCUAUAGGCCGUAGGCCGUGGGCUUGUCUGCCAUUUGGACAAGUGCACGUGCUAAGCACGGAGACAUGUAACAUUCUGGCCGGCGGCUUCAUCGGGCGGGAAGAACAUCAUGGGAGCAAGUCGAAGGUUUGCCGCGAUCCUGCUGGUAGGCUUCGUCUGUGCUUGCGGGAAUGGUGCAGCUCAGGUGACUGAAGUAUUCCCCAAUCCCGAAGAGAACGCCGAGAAAAAUCCUAAAUUUUGGCGCGACCUCAACCGGCGAACGCUAGAAAAACGACUUCGUGAAGAGCGACGCGAUGGUAUCGCCCAGAACGUGAUCUUGUUCAUCGGAGAUGGCAUGGGUCUGUCGACACUCACCGCUGCGCGCAUCUUUAAGGGCCAACUGGCCGGUGUAUCAGGAGAAGAAGGGGCCCUCUCGUUUGAUCAAUUUCCCUACACAUCCCUCUCUAAGCCUUUUUACCACCAGGUGUACAGCGUUGACCGCAUGGUACCGGACUCUGGCUCCUCGGGAACAGCCCUUCAGUGCGGUGUCAAGAGCAACUUCUUUACAACGGGGGUAUCGGGUCAAGUGAACCCCGGCAAUUGUACCCAGUCAUCGGACCCGAAGAAUCACCUGAAGUGUCUAUACCAGUGGGCACAGGACGCUGACAAGAGCACGGGCUUUGUGACAACAGCCGAAGUGACCGACGCCACUCCAGCAGCCGGCUACGCUCAUACAGCACACCGUGAAUGGGAGAGUAGGAUCCCAGAAGGAGCUCCUGGAGGCUGCUUGGACAUUGCUCACCAACUCAUCCAUCGUUCUCCUGGGAGGGAGCUCAAAUUCAUCGCAGGUGGAGGACGUGGCCAUUUCCAAGAGGUGGAAGUAGACGAUGGCACUGGGUCAAAGGGACUUCGACGGGACAACCGUAACCUGAUCUCAGAGUGGGUUGACUUGAAGCGCGGAGACCGCAUCGAGGCCAGUUACGCCUUCGACUGGAAAAGUCUCAAGAAGAUUGAUAUGGACGUAACUGAAUCCAUAUUAGCGCUGCUUGCUCCAAGUGAACUGCCCUACGAGUCCUUGGAUGACAUAAAGAAGGGUGAAUCUUACUUGGCGAAAUUGACGGCGUUGGCUAUCAGCUCCCUUAGUAAGAACCCUGACGGAUAUCUCCUGAUGGUAGAAGGAGGCCAAAUCGAUAAAGCACAUCACCUGAAUCAAGCCCAACAAGCACUGAUUGAAGUACUGGGACUCGACUUAGCUGUAGCCAAAGCGGUUGAAAUGACCAAUCCCGAUGACACACUGAUCGUUGUCACAGCGGACCACGGACACGCUUUCACUUUUGGCGGGAGACCACAAAGAGGUAGAAACAUUUUAGGGACGGAGCGACCGGACAAGUCAGUGUCAAUACUCAACUACGCAGUAGGUCCGGGUUACAAGUCCGACUACAGCAACUUGUCCCUAAGCACGAGGUUGAAGGACCCGCUGCAUGCAUUUCCAGCGACCUAUCGUCGAGAUAUGGGCACGCACAGCGGGGAAGAUGUGCCUGUUUUCGCUCUAGGACCAUGCGCCCAUCUCUUCACAGGGGUCCACGAGCAAACAUUAAUAGCGGAAGUGAUAAGGUACGCUGCUAAUCUCGACGAGACCAUGCGUGGCUCAAAGCGGGGUUCCAUUUUGUCCAUUUUGUCGCUUUCCGUUCCACGUCCUCUGGCCUACGCAUUUGCCCUAAUUGUCGUCUAUUACAUCCACGGCAUUAUCAGGACGCUGCUUUGACUUCUGCUUGGAGAACGUGGGAUUAAAUAAAUUAAUGAAUGAUC